UUUUUUUUUACUCCCAACUCUCUCUGAUCAUGAUCAUGGACCGUCUCCUCCCUCUUCCCAAAAUGCCCCUCCCCAAACUCUCCUCCCUCCUCCUCCUCCUCCUCUUUCUCUCUCCUCUCGCCUCCUCGUCCCCCUCCUCCCUCUUCGACUCAUGGUGCGCCCUCCACAACAAAUCCUACGCCUCGGAGAGCGAGAAGCUCGCCCGCUUCAGGAUCUUCGAGGAAAACCUCGCCUUCGUAAAUGACCACAACUCGAGGGGAAGCUACGCCCUCGGCCUCAACGCCUUCGCGGAUCUCACUCACGGCGAGUUCAUCCGGCCCGCCUCCGGCGUCAGCGCUGCGGAUGGGGAUGCCGGCUGGGGCGAAUCGUUUGCUGGGCUUGAUGGGGAGGCGCCGGGCUCGAUUGAUUGGAGGGAGAAAGGGGCCGUUACUGCUGUUAAAGAUCAGGGCAGCUGCGGCGCUUGUUGGGCCUUCUCAGCCACUGGUGCAAUGGAAGGAAUAAAUCAGAUCAAGACGGGAUCUCUUGUGAGCCUUUCUGAACAAGAGCUGUGUGAUUGUGAUCGAUCUUAUAAUAGCGGUUGUGGUGGUGGUCUUAUGGAUUAUGCUUACAAGUGGGUAAUACAAAAUCAUGGCAUCGAUUCGGAAGAUGAUUACCCAUUCAGGGGUGAGGACGGCACCUGUAUCAAGAACAAGGCAAAUCGUCAUGUUGUAACAAUUGAUGGUUACACCGAUGUGCCACAAAACAACGAAGACCUGUUACUCCAGGCUGUUGCAACCCAGCCCGUGAGCGUAGGAAUAUGUGGCAGUGAGAGAACGUUCCAAUUGUACUCAAAGGGAAUCUUCAGCGGUCCAUGUUCAACAAAUUUAGACCACGCCGUUCUUAUUGUUGGCUAUGGUUCUGAAAAUGGGAAAGACUAUUGGAUUAUAAAAAAUUCAUGGGGAACGAGUUGGGGAAUGAAUGGAUAUAUGCAUAUGCUUCGUAAGAGUGGGAGUCCACAAGGGAUAUGUGGUAUAAAUAUGAUGGCAUCAUACCCGAAGAAGACUAAUCCAAACCCUCCACCUUCACCUCGGCCGAGUCCUACAAAAUGCAGUAUGCUAACUUAUUGUCCUGCUGGGAGCACGUGCUGCUGCACUCGGCGCAUAUUUGGAUUUUGCCUUUCUUGGAGUUGUUGCGAGUUGGAGUCGGCAGUUUGCUGCAAGGAUCAUCGCUAUUGUUGUCCACAUGAUUAUCCUGUUUGCGAUAGCAGAAGGGGGCAGUGUCUAAAGGGUAACGGGAACUUCACAAGUCUUCAAGGAAUCGAAAGAAAAAGCCCUUUUGUAAAGCUUGGAAUAUUGAAUCCUUUACUGGAGGCCUGGGAUGCAUAAGUUAUUCAUUAUCUCAACUUUCACCGCACUUUGUGACAUAUGAAGGGUUGUUCGUGUCAUUGCGCUGAUAAGACUGAUGGAUUUAGCAGCCCACGAUAGUUACAAGUUUACUUGUAUGCAAAAUAUGUGCAGCAGGCAUCAUAUAUCUAUCCAUAGAUUGUUAGACAUGUAGUGAUAGCGUAUUUGCUAUAUAAGGGAAGUGCCUAGUUUGUAAAUUAUCCUGUAUCUGAAUACUUUAGCAUAAUGUAUCUAUAUUUAUGACAUUCUUGCAUAAAGAAAACAACUCAUAGUUUUCGCUGCAGAUACGUCCAUCUUGUAUUGAGUAAUGGUACUUUUUCCCUUCAUUUUUCAGUGAGGAUGAUGGUUUUGUUGCUGA